ACACUCAUGCUCAGAGUCCCAGUGGUCAGGCACGGAGGCACUGCUCCUCCCUCUCAGCGGAUAAGUUUGAGCGGCGUGGAUGGAGCGCUGCGUCCUGCUGUAUGAACCUCAUCAAACGUUUUAAAGAUGGAGUUUGGAAGAGUUUGGUCCAGACAUCAGAGGACGCUGCUGAUCACCAUGAUGAUGUUCAAACUGGGCUUUCUGUGCACAGCAGCAGCAGACACGUGUUUAUCAUCUCCCUGCAACAAUGGAGCCACGUGUAUGGAUCACAUGGGGGACUAUGUGUGCGUGUGCCCCAAAGGACCGGUGUGGUACAUGGGGAAAAACUGUGACAAGCUGUAUGAUGCCUGCAUCUUUUCACCUUGCAACAACUGCACCAGCAAACCAGGGACGGACGAGUUCACCUGCCACUGCCCGGACGGCUUCACCGGACUCAACUGCACCGAGGACGUGGACGAGUGUCAGAGCAACCCCUGCACAGGUGUCCGCUCCCUCUGUGUCAACAGAGUGGAUGAAUAUUCCUGUCACUGCCCCCUCGGGUUUGGAGGGGAGAGCUGCCAGGACAACGUGACAGUGUGCUUGGAGGACACCUGUCAGAACGGGGGCACCUGUGUGGAUGUCCCUGACGUUGGGUGUGAAUGCCAGUGUGCUGCAGGGUACCAGGGGACAGACUGUGAGGAGGACACGGAUGAGUGUCAGUCUGAGCCAUGUCAGAAUGGAGCCAUCUGUAAGGAUGGGGUGAACAGCUACCAGUGUUUCUGUGUGCCCGGAUUUCAAGGUUACCACUGCGACCUGGACAUCAAUGAGUGCGCUUCCAGACCCUGUCAGAACAAUGGGACCUGUCUGGAUGAGGUGGAUCACUACAUGUGUGACUGCGCUCCAGGAUUUACAGGGAUAAACUGCGAGGCGGAGAUCGACGAGUGCGAGGUGCAGCCCUGUCAGAAUGGCGCCACCUGUCGAGACCACGUGGCAUCGUACUCCUGUGAGUGCAUGGCGGGCUUCCAGGGCCAAGACUGCGAGGUCAACAUCGACGAGUGUGCCAGCAUGCCCUGUCUGAAUGAGGGCAGGUGCAUAGACGGGGUCAACAGCUACGCGUGUGACUGUGAGGGGACGGGCUUCGUGGGUGACCACUGUGAGGAGGAUAUCCCUGAAUGUGCCUCUGACCCCUGUCAGCACGGAGCUACGUGUCAGGAGGGAAUCAACGAGUACACCUGCCUCUGUUGGCCAGGUUUUGAAGGAGAGAACUGCCAGGUGGACAUAGACGAGUGUGAGCAGCAUCCCUGUGAGAACGGCGGUGAAUGCUUCCAGCGCUCAGAUAUCCUGAACGAGUGGACGCUCCCUGAGCUUAACAAAGCCAACUUCAGCUACGAAGAUGCAGCGGGCUUCAUCUGCCACUGUCUGCCAGGAUUCACCGGGGACAACUGCUCGAUCGAUGUGGACGAGUGUGCGUCUGCUCCGUGUCAGCACCGAGGAAGCUGUCAGGAUCUGAUCAACUCUUAUCAAUGUGUGUGUCCAGACGGCUUCACAGGUGUGCACUGUGAGGUAGACAUCAACGAGUGUGACAGCAAUCCCUGCAAGAAUGGCGCCACGUGCGAAGAUGCUGCCAACCAUUAUAGGUGUCACUGCCCUGCGCCAGAGCCGGGCCAUGAGCCCUGGGGUGGGCCAGACUGUGACGUCCCGCUGGUCGGCUGCCAAGAGCACCAGUGUCAACACGGAGCAGGCUGUGUACCCGUGCUGAUGGAUGAUGGACAGCACAACUACACUUGUUUGUGUCCGCCGGGCUGGACGGGAGAACGCUGCAACACUUCCACCACCUUCUCCUUCAACUCUGAGGGCUACGUCUACAUUCAGCUGCCCGCCUCUAAAAAGAAGACCAAACGGUCCACAAGCGACUACAACCACGGGCUCCACAUGCAGCUCCGGUUUAAGAGCACCUUACCCGACAUGGUGCUGUACUACCGGGGCACUGCUGAGCGAUUUGUCUCCCUGGAGCUUGUCGGAGGCUCCCUUCAGGCCAGAGUGACAUCAGGGAAAGUACUGCAGGCCGUUCUACCUGGACGAGUCAAUGACGGGGAAUGGCGGCAGGUCACUGUGACAAUGGACGAGAGGCUGGUUCUGGUCAUACAAGGACCCGGCUGUGAAGAGGAGUGCCAGGUGAAGAAUGAGGGCUACAACCAUCUGAUUUUCCUCCAGCCCAGUUCCUUCGAACAGCUGUACAUCGGCGGGGCGCCCACACAAUACUUAUCCCACACAGCCAGCAGACACGGGUUCAUUGGCUGCAUGGAAGACCUGAGGGUUGACCAUAAACCACUUCUGCCCCAGGACCUCAUCAGAGAGGAGAACCAGGGUUUGGAAUUUGGAUGCAGCAAAAAGGACUGGUGUGAGGAGGACCCAUGUUUGCAGCGUGGGCAGUGUGUGGAUGAGUGGGUUCGUGCCAGCUGUGACUGUCAUCGGCCUUACUACGGAGAGAGCUGUGAGAGAGAGUAUCCAUCCUGGACCUUCGGUCAUGAGAACACCACCAGCUACGCCGUCUUCAACAUCUCAGAGACCCACGGGGACAACUUCACCAUCUCCUUCUUAAUGCGCUCCCUAAAACACAACGGCCUGCUCCUGCAGCUCCACCGAGAAGGAAAGCCUUACCUGACGAUUUACCUGAAGGAGGGCACUGUGGCGAUCUACAGCCCUCACACCAUGCUGCUGUCUGAGGCCCAGUUUGUCACUGACGGGGUCUAUAAUUUGGUGACUGUAAAGGUGCGGUAUGGACAUGUGGUCUUCCCUAAAGCGGGGAAUCAUCGCGCCAUCGGGAACGUGAGCGUAGAGGCGGGGGACGUGGCGUAUGUUGGAGGGCUCCCUGCUGGCAAGAGGACAAACGCCUGGGGGGGAAACUUCAAAGGCUGCCUGCAGGACAUUCGGCUGGACCACAAACACCUGAGCGCCGGGGAUCAUCCAGAGAUGUGGGAGGUUUACCAAGAGAGCUCGAAGGAGAACGUCCUACAGGGGUGCAAGAGUGAUGAUACAUGCAAGGACGAGCCCUGCUUCAAUGGUGGCCGGUGUCAGAUCACCUGGAAUGACUUCAAGUGCAACUGUUCCACUAAGUACUCGGGCCGGCUGUGUGAGACACGUCUGUGGUGUGUGGAUAAGCCCUGUGUUGAAGGCGUGAACUGUGUGGACCUCCAGGAUGGUUACGAGUGUCUAACUGAGGCCGGUUUCCAGGACAAUGCUCUCCAAUUCUUCGCUAACAGCUCCCUGCUGAGCCCUGUGACGAGCAUCACUCUGGAGUUGCGAACACGAGACACUAAUGGGAUCUUACUGCGAGCGGAGAGUCGAGUUGAAGUCUUCUGCUUGGGCCUGCUGAACUCCUCUCUGCUGGUGAAACUGGACAGCGGGGCAGAUUCAGAGCUGCUGGCCUUCACAAGUGACAGACCCAUCGCAGACGGAGCCUGGCACCAAAUCCAGCUGACCAUGGUGGACCCCACGCAGUCAGCUUCCCGCUGGCGUCUCACCGUGGACGGUCAGAGAGUUGGCGGCACCUACGGUGAGGGCGGCAGCCUGAACUUCCUGAAUGACACCAAGAUCUGGCUGGCUGAGAAAUACACUGGAUGUUUAGGGGAGGUGAGAGUGGGUGGAGUCUACCUGCCACUUGUUAGAGUACCACACCCUCCUCAGAUGAGCCAGUUCACCAGACUUGGGGGGCAUGAGCCAACCUUGGGUUGCAAUGGUUUACCAAUCUGUGAUUCCCAGCCGUGCCUCAACGAUGGUGUGUGCCAGGACCAGUUCAAUGAGUUUAACUGCAGCUGCAGUGCAGGAUUGGAGGGGAAACUGUGUGAGGUGGAGAUAAACGAGUGUUCCUCAAGUCCCUGUGUCUACGGGACAUGUAAAGACCUUCUGGCAGACUACCAGUGUGACUGUGAGCCAGGAUACACAGGCAAGAACUGUCGGGAUGAGGUGGAUAACUGUCUGGAGUUUAGCUGUGUUAACGGAGGAACCUGCUUGGAAUCAGUGGGAGGUCACACGUGUGCAUGUCCUCCUGGGUUCGUGGGCAAGCGCUGCCAGUGGCGAUUCCCUCCAGUAGCGUGCGACGCAAACAGAGAGUGUCUAAAUGGAGGGGUUUGUAUCGGAGGUGACUCUGGAGGAAACUGCACCUGCAAGCCUGGAUACACCGGUGACAGGUGUGAGACAGAAAUAGACGAGUGUGCGUCCAGCCCUUGUCUGAACGGAGCCACCUGUCUGGACAGACUCAACCACUUUCAGUGUGUGUGCGUGCCGGGCUACAGCGGCAAACUGUGCGAGAGGAACAAAGGACAGCAGAGGGAGCGAAUCCCCUGGCUGGCGGUGACCAUUCCCCUCACCACGCUGUGUGUGCUGCUGGCCAUCCUGGUGGCGUUUUUCCUCAUCAUGACGGCACGGAAGAAGCGUCAGUCGGAGGGCACGUACAGCCCCAGCGCGCAGGAGGUGGCCGGAGCCAGGCUGGAGAUGGGCAGCGUUCUCAAAGUGCCACCAGAGGAGAGGCUAAUCUGAGUCCUGGAGCCCUGCGUUUGAGUCAAAGUGGAGCGAACACAUACUCUGCUAAGGGUUGAGAGAACAUAUGCUCUGCAGGGUCACGCUGCUGGGCCUCUGCUGCCCUAUACGGCAGUGAUGGAGGACAAAUCAAUGACUAAUUGUCCACCUGGGAAAACUACUGACACUGAAGCCUCUGAGAUGGACCGGUAAAGACCAGAGGCUGAGUGAGAACGUGUCCUGAUUACUCAUACGGUCCUCCUGUGGUCAAAGGAUGCUCUGACCCUGGAUGUCCACUUGUAAAAAGGACUUUUGAAGACUAUUUCAAGCUGAGAUCUCAUGGAGUACGGCAUGCUCUACAACAUGAUGGAAGAAAAUCACCCAAAUGUGUGGAUGCUGAGUCACACAGGCGGAAAAUUCCUUCCUCUACGCAGUCAUGUCGGGCACAGUAUGUCAUCAUUUAUGGUUUAGCAAAGGAAUUAUGAGGAAUGUGAAGAAAGAGUUUGAUUAAGCAUGAGUGUAUAUACGCACAGGGGAGUUCACUCUUUAAUGCAAUUACACCUUAAAGUAUUAUUAACAUAUGCAAGAGGCUGCAGGUUUUACAUUUUAUGGAAACAUUGAAAUUCUUGCUUUAUAUACCAAUGAUCCAAGAGAGAGCACAAACUUGGAUAAUAAGAAAUCAGGUCAGAAAGUCCACUAAACGACUAAAUAUCAACCAGUGUUCAAACUCUAAAAAUGCAGUUCAGUCAGACAAAUCAGAAUUUUAAGCUGAAGUUUAAAUUUUACAGCAGACAGUAUUUGUGUUUGGCGUAUAGCCUCCAAACCUCCUCGCAGAAUAACUUACAUGCAGACAUUGAGGAUUAAUGAGAUAGGACUAACCCCCCUCAGAGCCCACAGGUGGAUCCUGGGGAGGAGGUGGGUUUGAAAGUUUGCAGGGCUAAUGCAGAGACAUGAAGUCUUGCAGCUUAAAAAGGCCAUUAAAUGAGAGGACGUUGAGAUUGGCUGAUAGAGAGGAUGAUGCAUGUCAGUAUGAGUCAGUGACGCUCGAGUUGUCUGCCUGAACUAGCUUGCGCGCGCGGUGCUCCAUUUAGGACUUUUCAACAUGUCAAAAACACUUUUGUCUUAUUUUAAGAGGGGCUGUGUUUUUAUUUUUUUUACGGGCUCUGAGGAUGAAAGUAGAGCGACCCUGGAUGGAUGCUGACGUAGGUGAGGUGUGUGGACUUUGGAGUCCUCUGUGGCAGACAUUGGCUUAAAUGUAGCCCUCAUAAGCUGCUCACUUAUACAGUCAGUUUAGCCGCUACACAUCAACCAAUCAAUCUUUAUUUGUAUAGCGCCAAAUCACAACAAACGUGGGGCGCUGGUGGCCUAGUGGUCUAAGCGCCCCACAUACAGAAGCUACAGUCCUCGUGGCAGGGGUCGCCGGUUCAAUUCCCGGCUGGUUGACCAUUUCCUGCAUGUCUUCCCCCGCUCUCUACUCCAAACAUAUCCUUUCUCUCUUCAGCUGUCGUAUCAAAUCAAGGCAAAAAGGCCAAAAAUAUAUGUACAAUUUUUUUUAAAUCACAACAAAUGUUAUCUCAAGACGCUUUUACAAACAUAGCCGAUCUAGACCACUCGAUUACCCCUUUUCAACCAAGGCAUUUUCAGGGCUGGUUCGGAGCCGGUGCUCAAUUGAGGACCGGUUUUUCGUGAUUGAACCGGCUCUAGAGCGGCUCCAACUCUUUGCUGGUCUAGAACCGCUAACCGUGAACGUCAGGGCCGAGGGGCGGGGUUGCUGUGAUCAAAAACACAAACCCAAUGUGUUUCCUCCAUUGUCCUGCAGCCAAAAAAAUAAAAGAGAGUAAUGGAUUCCAAAGCAAAGCAGCGGUCGGCCGAGGAGACAAGCUGCCAUGGCGCGCCUCUUCCACGGGCUCGAGUGUGCGGUGUUGGUUCACGAGUUCAACCAGCUCCAAACCAGUGCGAGCACCAACCUGAAAAUACAACCCAGAGCGCGUUGGUCCAAAAGAGGUAGAUGUCAAAUUAUAAACAGAGACCCAACUCCAAGACAGGUUAAGACUCAGUCUUACCUCACCAUCCACCAUGAGCAGAGCACUUUGCAGCAUUUAGGAAGUUACAGUGGCGAGGACAAACUUCCUUUAACAGGCAGAAACCUCCAGCAGGACCAGACUCAUGUUAGACACACAUCUGCUGAGACCGAAUGGGAGAUGAAUCCUUCAAAAGUUCAGCUUUUUAACUUGCUCUGAAGGUUUCCCUGUGGUCACUAUAAACUUGGAUCCUGGUCCAGUCUGACUUUAACUCUCUCCCCUAACAGGUUUUUACCUCCUGGUGUCCUUUGUGUCUUUGCUCCUAUAGUAACUUCAUGUUUUUAACUUUUUCAUCUUGCUUUGUAAAUUCAGCAGCUGAUAAAGUGAUGCAUGUUUGAUCCAAACCUCAUGUCCUCCUUUGCUAAAUCAGAAAUGUUGAAUACAUAGUCAAGCACUGGGGGGUGUCAGAUGCCUAAUGUAUAUAAAAAACAUCUGACCCCGUAUGAAAAAAGUAUGUCUGAGUCCUCUGAUGAAGCUGCUUCGGCCUCCAGCGUGAAUGAAAAGGUAGAAUCAGAUCACGUAUAGGAAGAUGACCUCAAGCGCCAAGCUUUCAGAAACUGUGGUGUAAAUAACUGCUGUAUUAUUUUGUCCAUGUGCACUGUUCGGCUCGAGAAGCUAACCACUUUUUAUUUGUUUUUUAAUUUUUUAAUCUGUCACUGUUUGUGUGUUUCUGUGAGUGUGUUCGUGAUGUGUAUAAUUUGCUACGAUGGGUCGAGUCACUGUAUUUUCUUGUUUUUGUAAUGUUUUGUAAGAAAGCAGUAUUUAAUGGUAGGAAUGUUUUAACUGUGAACUAAGGUGGUUGGAUCAGUAUUGAUGAACACAAAUAAUGUUUUAAAACUGGUUUGAAUUCAACAAAGAGUUUCUGGUUGUAUUGAAGCUGAUUUAAAGCAACAGAGCAACAUUGUGGACGAUGCAUUUAUUUGCUUUCUUUCCAAGAGUGAAACAAUAAAGGUCAAAGCAUUCAG